AAGCAUUCACUGCCUUUCUACUAAGGUUAUCACACUACAUGCCAUUAUGUUAUGACAGUCAAUCCAAAAAGACCACAAAAGGAUUGUGAUCUAGCAGAAAUCAUAAGACCUUAAGGUUACAGGGUAUUUUGCAUGCAUGUUCAUGAUUGCUGAUAUCUGACCUUGUUGUGGACAGCAGCCAUUUACCUGCAUUGUUAGGCUGUAUAAAUAUGCAUAUUAUGGAUUUUUGAUGCUAUUUGUAAAUAAUAUGAAAGAAGUAAGACUUGAGGACACAUUGGAGAAUCUUUACAGUUAUGUGUAGAUGUGGUGGAAGUUCUCUUAUUUAGUUGGCAGUUUGUGCACCGUGAAGUAAUGGUGAAGCAUGCUGUCUCCUUGUUAGUGUAGCAGCUGUGGACCAUGGAUAAAAAAUUGUCACAGUUCAUAACAGAGACUGGGGCAGACCCAGGGCUGGCCAGGGAUCUUCUAGAAGGUGCGAAUUAUGAUUACAUCCAAGCUCUAAAGGCAUUUAACUCUAUGAGGAGUGGCACACCGCCCUUUCCACGUGAUCUGUCGCCCGUUCUGGAAGAAACUAAACCUCAUGUUGUGAGUCAGCGGCAGGUCUUUGGACAGCAAACCAAGGCAAACCAGUUCCCUGUAAAUGAUGGAGGGGUGGGAUUCAGGCAGAGUGAAAAUGAUACGGCCAACUAUGGAGGGAAAAUGAAGCCUCCUCUUGUCAAGGGCGAAGCUGUUGAAAAAGGUUCCAUUUCAGGUUCCGAUGCAGGUCAAAAGAAGCUGAAGCGAGGAAUAUCAGCAGCCACUCAGAAUUUGAGUCUUGUGGAUCAUGCUCGUCAAGAAGUGCUCAGUGACAUUAAGGAAUCUCGGGAUGAUCAAUUUCCACAUCUAGUGGAGACGCCAGAGUUCACAUUCAUGCUUCCAGACCUGACCAAAUACACUGAAGACUACAGGGCUUUCCUUGAGAAAGAUCUCAUUGAAAUGUCCACUUUAGUGUCACUAGAGCAGGCAGGUGUAUUGAACUGGUGGGCAGAGAUGGGAGCUUGCCAGCGUCUCCUACCAAUGGUGACCAGUGGAGAUGGGAACUGUUUGUUACAUGCAGCUUCACUAGGAAUGUGGGGUUUCCAUGACAGACUUCUUACCCUCAGGAAAGCUCUGUAUAAUACUCUAGUCCACAGUGAUUACAAGCUGGCAUUCUACAGAAGAUGGCGCUGGCAACAGACACAGGCGAACAAAGAGUCUGGUCUGCUGUAUUCUGAAGAAGAAUGGUCAAAAGAAUGGCAAAGUUUGCUUACUUUGGCCUCCAGUACACCACGUUCCCAGCCAGGUGGAAGUGAGAGAGGAUGUUGUGAUAGUCCUGCUACCAGAUCGUCCAGGCUAUCAUGGCAUAAAUGUGAAGGAAACGGUGGAGACUUGUAUUAUGAAAGCUUAGAGGAGUUGCACGUGUUUGUCCUCGCCCAUGUCCUCCAUCGCACUGUCAUAGUGAUAGCAGAUCAGUACCUCAAGGACAUCAAUGGGGAAGCAUUUGCUCCUAUUCCCUUUGGUGGAAUUUAUCUCCCAUAUGAAUGUGAUCCCAAGAGUUGUCAUAGGUCACCACUUGUGCUGACGUAUGAUGCUGCUCAUUUCUCAGCAUUAGUUGCCAUGGAGUUAGAAUCUUCACCAGUGGACAAACCAAGGCCUCCAGCUCUUAUUCCACUGGUAGGGUCAGAUUUUGAAUUGCUCCCACUUCACUUUGCCAUAGAUCCUGGCGCUUCAUUCCAGUGGAUGAAGGAUGAGGAGGACCCAAAAUUCCUCGCUAGAUUUACUCUUACCACUGAGGAUAAGCUCAAGCUGCUGGAGCGUUAUCUGGACAUCAAAUGGGCACCCAUCCCAAUGGCAGAUGAUCUGGACAGUUGUCCUUUCAAGGAGAAUAUUCUAAUCAGUCAGGAGAGUGAUAAAUCUGAGCGUGAUGAGACCAGAUCAAGUAGUACUGGAUCUUUUGAGUCAGAUGAAGGCAUGAAAGCUUUGAAUAUGAAUGACAAUGGAAGGGAGAAAAACAAAAUGGCCAAGCAAAUGCAGACUGUAGCAAAACAAUUUGGAAGCAUUGGGAAAUCCAUGAAAAAUAAUAUCAAAAAGUUUGGAACUAUUGGGAAGUCAAAGAAUAAGAACAAAAACAAAAGCAAGGAUUACAAGGAGAAUAAUGGUUUGAACACUGUAACUCAAAGUACUAGGAAAAGCUCCAUAUCUGCAGAGCUUCUUAGAGACCAUACCACAGUCAUGUGUGCAAGUUUGUCCCACAAAAGAGCAAAGCAUGAGGAGGAAAUGAUCAAAAACUACCUGUCUUCUGCACGGGAAAGAUUUGAGGAACACCAGAAGAUAAAACAGAAAAAGAACGAAGAACUGAAGCAGAAGGUGGGGCAGAAAAUUGAGGAUGAAGUUGACAGUGCCCCUGUCCCAUGCAUUAAUACUGGUUGUAAAUUGUUUGGAACAGCAAACACUAAUUAUCUCUGUUCAGGUUGUUAUAAACAACAGCAGCAACAGGUAUUAGACAUGCAGAGGGGGCCCGGUCAAAGCAUACCAGGCCAAGAGAAAUUAGAAGUUAAACUUAUUCCAAAGGUGGAUAAUAGAAUUGCUAACAAACCUGGUGCUGAACAGAAAGAUGCAACGCUGUAUCAGUCUGGGAAGUCCAAAUUUUACUUGCCCAGUGAGAGUGAGAGUCGGUCAACUGGGUCCAAUCAGCCUGGAGAGCGUCCAGUCAGUGGUCGUCCUGUAGACCCUAAUCUUAACAAUACUGUGGUGCUCAAUAACACUGGUGGUCCUGGUCAGGCUAGCAAAUCUAAAACAUUAGAAUUAUCAAACUCCACUUUCUACCAUGGCAACACAAUAAGGAAUCCCACUUCACAAGGCAGUGUUUUUAUAAUGCCCCCGCCAGGCCAGACCAGUGCUGUGUCAGGAAUGAAGCGAGUGGCUCCACAACCCCCUCCCAACAGCAAAAGUGCAAUACAGCAAGGACAGCGGGUUUCCAUGCCAGAGCCACGGAAUAUAUCAGGACAUGGGCUGUCUGCAGCAGCAGCAGGGGCUCGGUCUUCUGUCCCGGCACAGUUUAACAGGGCUGGAGGCUCACCCCCUAGAAGCCCUCCUCAAUCUAUGGAGAGGUCUGUACCAAUACAAAUAAUUCAUGAAGAUGGAACAAGAAGGGUUUUCAAGCCCCGAGGUGUGCAGCAACCACCACAAAGGGGAUACCUGGACAUGGGGUCCACUCAAUCGGGGGGUUUGGCCAGUAGUAAGGUGACCCCAGGGUACAAAGUGGACAUGCAGCAUCAGGAACAACAGCAGGGGCAACACCCCCCAGAUAUUUGGUAUGAAGGGAAAGAUGCUAUUAGGCGGAGAUGCAAGACUCAGGGGUGCCCAUUCUUUGGCACUGAGCAGACUGAUUUUCUGUGUUCUGCUUGCUUCAAACAAAGACAGAAAACUCUUCUGUAUCUAGCAACUUCAAAGCAGACUGCUCUCUAGAGUGCAGUGUUCAGUGAGUGUUUAAAGACUGUAUGAAUGAAUCUAUAUACACCUGCACCUCAAGUUCUAGCAAAAAGGAAAAAGAAAACAUUAAUCAAAUACAAGCUUUCCCUCUAGCCUAAUUUGUGAAAAUUAUUAUAGAGAGAGCUGGCCUUCUUGCUGAAUUGAAGUGAUACUACAUGUGAUACUAGAUAAUUUUAAUUUGAUGAAAUUUGUCCAUUUCUCAUAAUGCCAAGAAAAUUGUAAUGGGUUAUAUAUGUUAGUGCUGUAAAAAGCAUAUGGGUAUAUAUAUAUAUAUUGUACUAUUUAUAUCAAAAGCUUCCAAAAUGCUGAUUGUGCAAUUAAGAUCUCUGACCUUGCAAGCUUUAUUUGUUAAGUGGGAUAAAAUAACUUAUCUAGCUUUAAAACUUGGAAAAGAGCAAGUGUUAAAUGUAUUCUUACCCAGUUAUGUUUUCGUUUUUGCAGUUUGUGUAUGUAGAUUGCUGUCAUAUUUAAAUCCUGGCCCAGGGUGUAGUUUUGGUAUCUUCUGAAUCAGCACCUUCCAUAUCUUCAGUUUUAUAUAUAUAUAUAUAUAUAUAUAUAUAUAUAUAUAUAUAUAUAUAUAUAUAUAUAUAUAUAUAUAUGUGGUUUCAUCAGUCAACUCCUUAAAUUAGAGUUAUUGUUCUCUAAUAUCUUUCCGAGUGUCAAGUCACCUUCUUCCAUGUCUAGUUGCUCAUGCUCAAUUUAAUGAUUUUAAUAGGUCUGUUUGCAAAACGUCUUUCAUCAAAUGUUUUUCAACAUCAAGAGUCUGAGGUUAGUCGUUACAUUAUUCAAUUUGCUUGGUACUUGCACUUCACAAAAUGUUCUCUUUCCCAGCUCAUAUUCUUUUAUCACAACGGUGCUACAGCUAAGCGUCAUGAAAACUUUAACGUUUGGUAAGAAGAUGGCAUUCAUAGCAAGUUUUUUCUCUCAAGAAAUGGUACUACUCGAAAUGUGAUAGCAGCGAGCAUUGCAGUAAGAGUUCGAAUUACCCUUGAUUCAUUUUUACUUCUCUAAAACUCUAAAAUAACAAUGAGAUUUUUAGUCCAGUAUGUAAAACAUAAAGCGUAUAGCAAAAUAACCUUAUUGUUAUGCCAGUAACAGUCGAGCAUUUCUCUCGGAAAAGUUGUGACCAGGAGAGGUGGGAUGUGCAAAGGAGCACCAAAUGCAAUAUGAUUGAAGAAACGGAUCUGUUUUAUAUUUGUUUAAACAUAUAUCCUUCCUUUGUUUUAUACUUUAUGUAUUAUUCAUAGUUGUUUAGAUGUGUAUUGUUAGCCAAAAUUCCAUCUAUUUCUACACUGUACCCAUAUUUGACAGCCAAUGUUAUUUAUACAGCGCCAGUUCUCUACAAAAAUGAGAAGUGCCAGCAGAAUACAUCGGCUGUUAUGUAGUCGCUGCAUCGCAUUCAAAUGUUAUUUAUUGUUACUGCAUAAAAAUUAAACCAUGGGAAAAUG